AUGCUUGUCAUUCCAGUUAUAAAUCUGGACGUGGCGCAGGUUUGGCGCCGCGUAAACGAAAAACUGGAGCAACCGGAAAGCCAGAGGAAGAUCGUGCUGGCCAUCGUGUGUGUUGCCCUGCUUUUGGAUAACAUGCUGUACAUGGUAAUUGUACCGAUCAUACCGGAUUACCUGAGGUACAUUGGAGCAUGGCAUACGCAUACUGUGAAAGGCGGAAUGGUGUGGGAUAACAGUACUCGCACGAAUACGUCGUUACUAAAUGCAACGUAUUGGAGAAGAACAAAAGACAGACUGGUGUACGAAGGGGAAGAUGAGGCCAUUGGAAUGCUUUUUGCUUCGAAAGCAAUUGUGCAAUUGUUCAUUAACCCCUUUUCAGGUGCCGUUAUUGAUAGAAUUGGAUAUGACACGCCGAUGAUGAUAGGCCUUACUAUAAUGUUCAUUUCCACGGCAAUGUUCGCCUGUGGACAAAGUUACAGCGUACUUUUUUUUGCUCGGAGCCUCCAAGGUGUGGGAUCAGCCUUCGCAGACACUGGUGGACUGGCAAUGAUUGCGGACAGGUUUACCGAAGACGAAGCGCGCAGCAAAGCAAUCGGCAUAGCUCAAGCCUUCAUAUCGUUUGGUAGUCUGGUAGCUCCUCCCUUUGGAGCGUUUCUGUACGAGUUCGCUGGGAAGGAAGUCCCCUUUAUCGUUCUUAGCAUGGUUUCGUUGCUAGAUGGCUUUGCUCUGCUUUUCGUAAUGAGGCCCGUGAAGGAAGCCAUGAAAGAACAGGGCAUAGAGAGACCAAAAGGAACUCCUAUAUACAAACUAUUUGUUGACAAAUACAUUUUCGUUUGUGCUGGUACACUUGUCAUGGCAAAUGUUUCACUGGCUUUUCUAGAGCCAACGAUUACACUCUGGAUGGAAAAUACGAUGGGCGAUAUAAAAGAAUGGCAAACUGGUAUGAUAUGGCUUCCGGCGUUCUUCCCGCAUGUCUUUGGUGUUUACACGACAGUGAAGUUAUGUAAGAAGUAUCCCAAAUAUCAAUGGUUAAUCGCCGCUACUGGAUUAGGCAUGGAAGGUAUAAGUAGUAUCUUCGUUCCAUUCUGCACGAACUACUGGUUACUAAUGGUUCCCUUAUCCGGAAUUUGUUUCGGCAUAGCCCAAGUGGAUACUUCCCUAUUACCAAUGCUCGGAUAUCUAGUGGAUACAAGAUAUGUGUCAGUUUACGGAUCAAUCUAUGCCAUAGCGGAUAUAUCUUAUUCCCUCGCUUAUGCUAUAGGCCCGAUUAUUGCUGGAGGUAUCGUCGAUUCCUUGGGCUUCACAGGGCUGAAUAUGCUCAUAGCUAUAACGAAUCUUGCAUAUGUUCCAGCUCUCCUGAUGCUUCGGCACGUUUAUGAUUAUGACACAUUUCAAGAUGAGGAAAAUAUAGUUUUUGAUGAGAUGCCAACGGCUCAGUACAAGACCUUCGUCAUGAAUAAUGGUAAUGCGGUCAGUCUGACGACUGGGUCAGCUGAAACCGCAAAUCUUCAGCCGGAUCCCAUCCAGCCUCAGCAAGAUCAACAGGAUCUGUUCCAAAGUUCUGGCCAACAGGUACAUGACACCAAUCCAUUCCGCCAAUCAUCACAAGUCAUGGGAAUCACUAAUCCCACUGCCAAAGUGAAUGUUGAGGGUCAGCCCCAAAAUCAGCAAAACCGAAGUCGGGAUGCUGGAGCCAAAAAAACCAAGAAAGUGCGAGGAUACCGAACAUCGGAUAUGGAGAGGAUGAUCGAUUCAGAUGAAGACCAGUAA